AUGCAGAAGCGGAGAAUCAUCACCGUGAAUCCAUCGGCGUCUAUUGAGAUGAGACAACACAGCAACAACAAUGGUGUUCCUUACUCAAACGUCUCCGGCGACGACGAGACUCCAUCGCCUAAAGCCACCGACAAGAUCCGGAAAGUCUCGAUGUUGCCGCUCGUUUUCCUCAUAUUCUACGAAGUCUCAGGAGGUCCUUUUGGUGUCGAGGACAGUGUGAAUGCAGCUGGACCAUUGCUAGCUCUCUUAGGGUUUGUGAUCUUCCCUUUCAUCUGGAGUAUCCCCGAGGCACUGAUCACUGCAGAGAUGGGCACAAUGUUCCCAGAGAAUGGCGGAUACGUCGUGUGGGUCUCCUCUGCUUUGGGACCGUUCUGGGGGUUUCAGCAAGGUUGGAUGAAAUGGCUUAGUGGCGUUAUCGACAACGCGUUGUAUCCUGUUCUGUUUCUUGAUUAUUUGAAAUCCGGUGUCCCGGCUUUAGCUAGCGGUUUGCCGAGAGUUGCAGCGAUCUUGGUGCUGACGCUUAUGCUGACGUAUCUGAACUACAGGGGACUGACUAUAGUUGGUUGGGCUGCUGUGCUUAUGGGUGUUUUCUCCAUCCUUCCUUUCGCUGUGAUGGGUUUGAUCUCGAUUCCUCAGAUAGAGCCUUCGAGGUGGCUUGUGAUGGAUUUAGGGAAUGUGAACUGGAACUUGUAUCUCAACACUCUUUUCUGGAACUUGAACUAUUGGGACUCCAUCAGUACUCUAGCCGGUGAAGUGGAAAACCCGAACCAGACGCUUCCAAAGGCUUUGUACUACGGCGUGAUCUUAGUCGCGCUUUCUUACAUCUUCCCUCUUUUGACUGGAACCGGAGCAAUCCCGUUAGAGCGUGAGUUAUGGACAGAUGGGUACUUCUCUGAUGUGGCUAAAGCUUUAGGUGGAGCGUGGUUGAGAUGGUGGGUUCAAGCGGCUGCAGCUACGUCUAACAUGGGAAUGUUCUUAGCUGAGAUGAGCAGUGAUUCGUUUCAGCUUCUCGGAAUGGCUGAGCGUGGAAUGAUUCCCGAGUUCUUUGCCAAAAGGUCUCGUUACGGGACGCCUUUACUAGGGAUUCUGUUUUCGGCUUCAGGUGUUGUGCUCUUGUCUUGGCUAAGCUUUCAAGAGAUUGUAGCUGCAGAGAACUUGCUCUACUGUGUUGGUAUGAUCUUGGAGUUUAUAGCUUUUGUUAGGAUGAGGAUGAAGCACCCGGCGGCAUCGAGACCGUACAAGAUACCUAUUGGAACCGUUGUCUUUGCAGAUCUCGUAACACUGGAUUCUCUCACGGGAAGGGUCAUCACAAUGAGAGACUAUAACAACAAUGACCAUCAUUAUGAUGAUGUUCCAUCGCCAAAAGCAGCAACCAGUUCUGUCCAGAAAGUUUCCAUGAUACCACUCGUUUUCCUCAUAUUCUACGAAGUCUCUGGAGGUCCAUUUGGUGCAGAAGGAAGUGUGAAUGCAGCAGGACCGCUCUUAGCUCUUUUAGGGUUCUUAAUCUUCCCUUUCAUCUGGUGUAUCCCAGAGGCACUAAUCACUGCAGAGAUGAGCACAAUGUUCCCAAUAAACGGCGGUUUUGUGGUUUGGGUCUCCUCUGCUUUAGGACCCUUUUGGGGGUUUCAGGUUGGUUGGAUGAAAUGGCUUUGCGGGGUCAUCGACAACGCUCUGUAUCCCGUUCUCUUCCUCGAUUAUUUAAAAUCUGCAAUCCCGGUUCUAUCCACCGGUUUGCCGAGAGUUGCAUCGAUCUUGUUCUUGACUCUAUUGCUCACUUACUUAAACUACAGAGGACUCACCAUUGUUGGUUGGACCGCUGUGUUUAUGGGAGUCUUUUCGAUGCUUCCUUUCGCGGUAAUGACUCUGGUUUCGAUCCCAAAGCUCGAGCCUUCGAGGUGGUUUGUGAUGGAUUUAGAGAAUGUGAACUGGAACUUGUAUCUAAACACUCUCUUCUGGAACUUGAACUACUGGGAUUCGGUUAGUACACUAACCGGUGAAGUUGCAAACCCGGGCCAAACGCUUCCAAAGGCUUUGUGUUACGGUGUGAUCUUUGUAGCUCUUUCGAACUUCCUCCCUCUUUUGGCCGGAACCGGAGCUAUACCGUUGAACCGGGAGCUAUGGACUGAUGGUUAUUUAGCUGAUGUGGCGCGGAUCAUAGGUGGAGGAUGGUUGAGAUUGUGGGUUCAAGUGGCUGCAGCUACAUCAAACAUGGGAAUGUUUAUCGCCGAGAUGAGUAGUGAUUCUUUUCAGCUUCUUGGAAUGGCUGAGCUCGGUAUGCUUCCCGAGGUUUUCGCCGAACGGUCUCGUUACGGGACGCCUUUGUUAGCGAUUGUGUUCUCUGCGUCAGGUGUUUUGCUCUUGUCUGGAUUAAGCUUUCAGGAGAUUGUAGCUGCAGAGAAUCUGCUUUACUGUGGUGGGAUGAUUCUUGAGUUUAUAGCGUUUGUUGUGAUGAGGAUGAAGUAUCCGGCUGCUUCGAGACCGUAUAAGAUACCUGUUGGAAACAUUGGUUCGGUUCUGGUCUGUGUUCCUCCCAUUGUAUUGAUCUGUUUCGUUGUUGUGCUGUCGACUCUUAAAGUGGCUGCAGUGAGCUUUGUGAUGGUUAUCAUUGGUUUCUUGAUGAGACCUUUUCUGAACUAUAUGGAUCGAAAGAGAUUGCUCAAAUUCUCAGUUAGUUCUGAUCUUCCGGAGUUUGAAGAAUCUUUGAUAUAGACGCACAGUGAGAUUCGUGGAGGAGAGAUAGUACGCGUGAGAAUGGAGAGUGACAAAAGAUGGACCCUCGCCGGUAAAACCGCUGUAGUAACCGGCGGGACUCGUGGAAUCGGGAGAGCAAUCGUAGAGGAACUAGCAAGAUUCGGUGCAGUAGUUCAUACUUGUUCAAGGAACCAGGAAGAGCUAAAAUCAUGCUUGGACGAAUGGAAAGCCAAUGGUUUAGAGGUAUCUGGUUCGGUUUGCGAUGCUUCGGUUAAGGAUCAGAGGGAGAAGUUGAUUCAGGAAGUGUCGGCUGCCUUCAGCGGGAAGCUCAACAUCCUUAUAAACAAUGUUGGAACUAAUACAAGGAAACCAACAGUGGAGUAUUCGAGUGAGGAAUAUGCAAAAAUCAUGUCGACAAACUUAGAAUCUGCUUUCCACAUAUCCCAAAUUGCACAUCCUCUCCUGAAAGCAUCUGGGGUCGGAAGCAUUGUGUUCAUCUCCUCUGUAGCUGGCCUUGUGCAUCUUAGCAGCGGAUCUAUCUAUGGUGCAACUAAAGGAGCACUUAAUCAGCUUACAAGGAAUCUAGCUUGCGAGUGGGCAGGCGACAACAUCAGGACCAAUUGCGUGGCGCCGUGGUACAUCAAGACCUCACUUGUGGAACCGCUACUUGAGAAGAAAGAUUUUAUGGAGGCGGUAGUUUCGCGGACCCCACUCGGGCGUGUUGGAGAGCCAGAGGAAGUCGCGUCGCUGGUUGCUUUUCUCUGCCUUCCCGCAGCCUCUUACAUCACCGGACAGGUCAUUUCUGUCGACGGAGGAUUCACCGUCAACGGUUUCAACUACGUUAUGUAGCCAAAAUCUCUCGACGGCAAACUUUACUAAUAAAGCACGAGUCCGUUCCUGAGGUUUUUUCCCGUUGUCUCUGUCUUUAAACCUGUACUGAUAUUCUCACAUUUGUAUUUUCAAACUCGCCACUAAAUAAAUCAAGGCACUGUUAUGCACCAGCAACUAAUAUAGUUUUUAAUUUUAGAGAAAUUCGGUUCAUACCUGAAAAGUCAAAUAUCUUUG